CGCCUGGGCGCCGCGAGCUGAUUGGCUGGAGGCGGGUGCCAUAGAGACGGGAAAGCGACCUCGCGGGAGAAGGGAGUUGUUGUAGCCAUUGGUGCUGACAAGACAUCAGAGGACACAUUGUCUACUGUAGUUAUGGCAUUUGCACCUCCUAGAAACAUGGAUGGCCCAAAGCUGCAGACCAAGAUGAGCACGUGGACUCCACUGAACCAUCAGCUCAUGAAUGAUAAGGUAUUUGAAGAAAGAAGAGCCUUGCUUGGAAAAUGGUUUGACAUGUGGACAGAUGGUCAGAGGCGAAAGAUCCUGGUGGACCUGUUGGAACGCUGCUCUUUGUCACAGCUGAAAUUCUGCGCAAAACAGCUACAGGAUCGAGUCCCUACCGAGGCUCUAGAUUUUACCACAAGGCUUCCUAGAGUCCUGUCUUUAUACAUCUUUUCCUUCCUGGACCCAAGGAGCCUCUGUCGAUGCGCACAGGUGAGCUGGUACUGGAAGUACCUGUCUGAACUGGAUCAGCUCUGGAUGCUGAAAUGCCUGCGUUUUGGCUGGUACAUCAACUUCUCUCCAACCCCCUUUGAGCAAGGAAUCUGGAAGAGACAUUACAUUGAGAUGGUGAAAGAGCUACAUGUCACGAGACCAAAGACUCCUUCAAAGGAUGAGUUUGUAGUUAUUGAUGUGCAACCAGUAAGAAGUAAUGUCCCAGAGUCAAAACUUUCCAUGCUGGGAAGGAGGAUAAACAAGGAAAAAAAAGAGCUCCCACCGUGGCGUUCGUCAGACAGGCAUCCCACAGACACCAUCCGGUUCAAUUACCUCGACAACUACGAUCCCAUCGAGCAGGCUAGGCAGGCGAGGAAGAAAGGAGGAGUGGAGACCCCGGACCUGAGCCGGCUGGCAGCUGAGAGAAAAAAGAGAGGGGCGAGCAGCUCUAAUAAGCUUCAGAAGGCAAAAUCACUGGCAAGUAUCAUCGGCUUGUAAUUCUAUCAGUGGGGGCUGGUGUCAGGUGCACCCAGCAACAUCGGAGCUCAGAGCUUUCACUUCACGUAGGUGACUGCAAAGCAGGCUUCCAGGCAGGUUUGCCUCCCAUCCCUGAGGAAGCCAUCUGGGCAGAUGAAGGACACAAAGCACACGGUGUCUGGCUGCUCUUGGGGCAAUCUGUCCUUCCAGCCUAGACGUAGCCCAUCUGCCUUCGGUGGGAAAAGGGCAGCAACUGUCUGUCUGCAGACAGUGACCUUGUUAUCCACUCCUCCCUCCCUUUGCUUCCUGCGCAGUAUCCUGACAGCUGGUUUCCGUGCUUUACAAAGCACUGGAUUGAUUCUCUUAGGACACUUGUAUCUCUCCCCAAAGCUUCUCUUCCAUGCUCACAACUUUUGAUCAUUGCAGUUUGAACUGAGUUUAUUCUCUGUUUGUUGCGCUGGGCCUGAGCAAACAGCCCCAAGGAUUUAACACUGAGGAUGCAUUGUGCUCAUCGCUGGUGAAAUAGGGCAUCCCCACAUGAAAUGAGGCUUGGGAAGUCAGGCUUCCAGAAAGCAUCACGGGUUUACGGUUUUGUAGAUACAGCAGCAAAUAACUGCCAGAAGAAAGACGUGCUCACAAGCGUAUCGGGGGGUUUUGCAGACCUGGAAGCAUGUUUCCUAAGCGAUGAGAGGCCUGGGAUGCAUGUGAGCUGAGCUAAAGAAGGUUUACGUAAAAGAGAGGCUUUGUCUCCCGAGAUUGGGAGGCAUCCUCCUGACCUACAUACAGCCUGUUUGUGAGGAAAUAGAUUCAGUCAUAGCUAAAGAUCAGAAACUGUAAUUAAAGUUAUUCAUCCUGUGUCUUACAAUUUCCAUUCUCUGAUGGCUUCCUUCAUAGCACGUAGAUCAGAGCACUGUUACAUGGUUUCAUCCCACGACAGCUUCCUGUUUCAAGUAGCCUACAAGCAAAGCUGUGGAGGGGCUUCUGAUCAGGGGGUGCAGGGAUAGGAUGAGGGGAACGAUUUUAGGCUGAAAGAGGGGAGAUUGAGAUGAGAUCUUAGGAAGAAAUGUUUUUCUGUGUGGGUGGUGAGGCCCUGGCCCAAGUUUCCCAGAGCAGUGGUGGCUGCCCCUUGCCUGGAGGUGUUCAAGGUCAGGUUGGAUGGGACUUCGAGCAACCUGAUCCACUGGGAAGUGUCCCUGCCCAUGGCAGAGGGCUGGAAGUUGAUGAGUUUUGGGGUCCCUUCCAACCCAAACUAUUCCAUUAUUCUAUGACUCUAUGAAGUUUAAAGCUGUUUUAGUGUCAGUCCAGAAGAGAACGCAUCUUAUUUCAGGGUAAAAAGAAGUGAAUUUGAUUGUCUUUCCCCAGAUUUUAGCAAAGUUAUAUGUUCUUUGAAGUUACUUAACCUGCAACCCCUGAUCAGGAAAGCACAAGCACCUACUCCGACUCCCACCGUGAAGUCUAAACCCUUCUGCACAACAUCCAUGGCAGCUUUUUCUAUCAAGUGCAUCAGGGUUGAACAGUGUGCAUGCAUGUCACCUGCUGGCUGCUUACAGCUUAAAAGGGACAUUAUUACUCCUGUAGCAAAUUGUCACCAGAAGGAAUUUAGCUGGCAGAAAAUGCUCGGGGACAGAUGUCCAGAGGAGCACGCAGGGUCUGUGGAUACUGAUUUCUCGCCUCACUAAUAUCUCUGGGGAGAAUCUUAAAGCUGCUGCCAGCUGUCAAGGCCUGACAGGUUCACCCUCCUCUCUGGGUGUCUGCGAGGCAGUUAGGACAGCCUGACCCUGAGGUAAGUGUCACAGUGUGGUUUAGUCAGCACGAUGGAGUCGGGCUGAUGGUUGGACUUGAUGAUCUUAGAGGUCUUUUCCAACCUUAAUAACUCUAUGGUUCUCUGAAACCCACAGGGUUCCACUUUAGUUACAUCAGGGCAGAACAAAGCUCCACGUCUCGGUAGCACUGGCUUCCAUUGGUGUUAAAUCCUAUGUCACUGUGUCAUGCUUUCCUAGACCUCUGCUUUGAAAAUAAGCUCAUGUUUCUCUUGAGUUUAGUGCCCAAAUUUCAGCAGAAGAGCUGUGCUUCUUAUUCUCUGACAUAUAAGCCUGCUGUUACGCUGGCUGUUAAUGACAACAACACAAUAAAGGUUAGGUUAUGGUAGGCUGAUGCACAGAAAAUGAAUACAUAUAUAUAUAUAUACACACAGCUUGCUAGGAAUAAUCCAAAAUUAAUUUCCAUUUAUAAUUAAGGUAGGAUUGGGAAACCUUGUUGAAAUGAAGACCUGUGAAAAGAAUCUUAUUUAAUCAAGUCCAAAUAGAGAGGCUUAAUGCUCAAAUCUUUUAGUAAAUCCUUAGAAGAUGAACAGGCUGUGAUGAAAGAAUAAGUGCCCCAAGCAAGCAAACAGCAAGUCAAAUUAAAAAGAAGUUCUUAAAUAGAUCAAUGAUUCAACUGCAGAAAGUAGGUGAGAAUAAAGUAUAUUACUGUCAACAAUGAGGUUGUGAAAAGGGCUGUUAUACAGGGUUCAGGAGGCUGAACAACAGCAGACCAAAAGAGAAUAAAGAGGUAAUUAAGGUGACGAUCUGAGUCCUGGAAUUACAACCACUGGCUCCAAAUUUGCACGCGGUGAAUCAGGUCUCCUCCUAGUAAACUUGUGAGGUUUCAGAGUUUAUUAGUAAUCAUGGAAAGCAUAGCAGAAAAUGUGACUGGGCUCACAUUUAAUUUAGAAUAAAUUGAGGUAAAUGAGCUAAAUUACAAUAAAUAGUAAAUUACAAUAAAUUGAGUUAAUUCGGUGUCUGAAUCAAGGGCCACGUUCUUAUGAAUUCACACACAACCCCCGUGUCUCUGCAGUGGCGAGGGAACACCAGCUCUAGAUUUAUCCAGGGCAAUGACUUACUCUAAGGAUAGGAUCAUUAAGUUUGGAAAAGACCUCUAGGCUCAUCCAGUCCAACCAUGAGCCUAACCACACCGUGCUGACUAAACCAUGUCCCAAAGUGCCAUGGCCACAUGUUUAAUGAACACCUCCAAAGAAGACUCCAUCACUGCCCUGGGCAGCCUCUGCCAGGGCUGUACCACUCUUUCAGGAAAGAAAUUGUUCCCAAUAUCCAAUCUAAACCUCCCCUGGCACAACUUGAGGCCAUUUCCUCUCAUACUGUCCCCCUGUUCCUUGGGAAAAGAGACCAACACCUACCUGGCUACAACCUCCUUUCAGUGAGCUGCAGAGAGCAAUGAGGUCUCCCCUCAAUCUCCUCUUCUCCAGGCUAAACAGUCCCAGAGCCCUCAGCUGCUCCCAGAACCCCUGGGCUCCAGACCCUUCACUAGCUCUGUUCCCCUUUUCUGGACAUACUCCAGCUCCUCAAUGUCUUUAUUGCAGUGAGGGGCCCAAAAUUGAACCCAGGAUUUGAGGUGCAGCCUCACCAGCGCUGAAUACUGGGGGACAAUUCCUUCCCUACUCCUGCUGGCCAGGAUGCUGUUGGCCUUCUUGGCCACCUGGGCCACUGCUGGCUCAAGUUCAGCUGCUGUCGAUCCAUAUUCUCAAACCCUUUUUCUUCAGGCAGCUUUCCAGCUACUUUUCCCCAAGCCUGGAGUGUGGAUAUUGGUAGUUUCAGGGUUAACCAUCUCUUUAAGCCCUUUGCUGGAUCACAGCUUUACGGCUUGUCUGUACCAUUGUGAUGCCUUCAGCAGCCACUGUCCCAGGAUUCUAUGAAGGAAAGUGAAGAAUGCAAAAGGUUCAGGGACUUCUCCAAGCUUUGACCAGGCUUGGGAUGGAAACCAGAUCUCUGAUUUAGGCCUGUGUAUCACCCCUCCUGUGUGCUCUGCCCUGGGGCUGGGAUUUCUGAGCUCUGGCCCUUCACAGGCACCACUGCUGUCACAUCAGUGUCCUUUACACAAGUCCUUGAGGACUCCCAGAGAGGAAUUCUCUGCAACUUCUCCACAGAACAGGCAGCCUCAUGCCCAAAUGUCAAAAUUCCCAGACACUGCAUUAGGAAGGUAAAAUCCAAUUGAUGCUUUUGACAGUUUGACUGUGAUGUCAGCAGUUCAGGGCUCAUUUGGCCUUUCAGGCUCUCUGCUGGUUUCUGUUUGAGGCUGCUCCACCCUCACAGCUGUCCCUGAAUUACCGACUUGUUUUUAGUACUUACAAAAUAACAUCUUUUUGACAGAAUCAGUCACUCUGCCCUUACUGCCUAUAUCCUAAUGUAAUAAGAUUGCAGCAUUUGAAGUAAGGAAUGAAUUUUUGUAUGACAUGCUGACAGGGAAUUGAUGUUUUGAGUAUGGAUCACAUUUAUGUACAGUGUGGAUGUAGUCCAUGCGAAGAUACAGGGUUCUCAGCACUGAGACACAGCCUCGUGCCACGUAUACUUUGUACCACCACUGUUCCGCAAACCUGACUUUGAAUUUUAUUUAUCUAUACAAGAAAUCCUGUUGAACUUCCUGGGACUCCUGAAAAUGUAAAUAACUCAGUAUAAUGUUUAUGUAUUCAAACUCAGCUUAUAGAGGUCAUUCUAUAUGGCACUUUGGGACAUGGUUUAGUAGGCACAGUGGUGUUGGGCUGACAGUUACACUGGAUGAGCUUAGAGGUCUUUUCCAAACUCAAUGGUUCUGUGAUUCCACAAUUCUCUUAUUUAGAAGUGCAGUCUGGCUCCAAAUGUCUAUGCCUGUCCCUAUGAGCUUAAACCCAAGCCAUCAAUACCACGGCAGCUGAGAAGCAAGGAAUAGUCAGAUUUGUGCUGUAACUACUGCUCCUAUGGGAUUCUGUUUUUCCUACUAGGACAAAAAU